UGUUUCUCGGUAAAGUGACACUUUUCAAUUCACGUUUGAUUUCCCUUCCGUUUCUCAUUUCCUCUUCAACCUCGUCACAAAGAGAGAGAGAAAGAGAGAAACUAUGGCGGCGUCUGUCUCUUCCACGGUUUUGGCAACAACAGUGUCAUCAGCGUCGUCCUUCAAAGCAAGAAAUUACAGUUCUUUCAAGUCUCAAAACCCUUUUUGUUUCAAUCAUCUCUCUUUUUCUUGUGCUUCUAAUAGAUUGGUUCCAAGGAAGUUAUUUAGAGUCCAAGCAACAGUCUUGCAAGAUGAUGAGGAGAAAGUGGUUGUGGAGGAAUCAUUCCAACCGAAGACUAUUCCUGUCGACGAUGGGAAAGGAAUCCAUGGGGAGUCAUCAAAUAGUUCAUCCUCUAGUGGGUUGGAGAGAUGGGUUAUUAAGCUUGAACAGUCUAUAAAUAUCUUUCUCACGGACUCGGUGGUAAAGAUACUUGAUACUUUGUACAAUGAUAGAGACUAUGCAAGGUUUUUUGUACUUGAAACUAUUGCAAGAGUUCCUUAUUUUGCCUUUAUCUCUGUUCUACACUUGUAUGAGAGUUUUGGAUGGUGGAGAAGAGCAGAUUAUCUGAAAGUGCACUUUGCUGAGAGCUGGAAUGAGAUGCACCAUCUGCUUAUAAUGGAAGAAUUGGGGGGAAAUGCUUGGUGGUUUGACCGCUUUCUUGCUCAACAUAUCGCGGUAUUUUAUUAUUUUAUGACAGUCUUCAUGUAUGCUUUGAGCCCGCGAAUGGCAUAUCAUUUCUCUGAAUGUGUAGAGAUCCAUGCAUAUGAAACUUAUGACAAAUUUAUCAAGGCCCGAGGAGAUGAACUGAAAAAAUUGCCUGCACCUGAGGUUGCUGUGAAAUACUACACUGGAGGUGACUUGUACUUGUUUGAUUUUACAAUUCCUAAGCAUUUCUUCCUCAGAUGAAUUUCAAACCGCAAGAGUUCCCAAUUCUCGAAGACCAAAAAUAGAGAAUUUGUAUGACGUGUUUAUGAACAUCAGAGAAGAUGAAGGAGAGCAUUGCAAGACGAUGAAGGCCUGCCAAAUUCCUGGGAACCUUCACUCUCCCCACUCAUAUCAAGAGGAUACCUUUGAAGAGGAGUCAGGCUUUAUAGUGCCUCAAGCGGAAUGUGAAGGUAUUGUAGAUUGAGUGAAAAAAUCUUUUGGAUCUCCUCAACCAAAGGAAAUGUAAUAUAUUUGAAAGAAACAUGAAAAUAUUUACUAUUUACAAGAACAAUAUACAGGAAAAUAUAAUAUAGUUGGAUAGUUUCAGUAGAAGUUUCUCUGUUCUUUUAUUUUCCCUUCGAGUACAGAUCAAAAAAUGAAGUGCCAUGUUGAUAAUUGUUAAACAUGUAGAUUUUAGGGCUUUUAGCUUCCCAUCGAUAAGGGAUGGGUUUCUCAUUUCUGUUGGUGUAGCUUCGUACAAGUUGGAAGUUGAUAAUCUCAAAAGCAAAAUUAGAAACA